GCGCAGAGUUUUAUCAAAUAAAACCCUGACACAUGAAAACCCUAAACCAUUAGUUAGAACAAAGACAGGCCGAAAAUUCGAGGGUUUUUUUGUUACAUCUGCAUUUGAAGCAACUUAUGACAAUCUCACGAACAGCAGCACAGAAAAUGAGUCGUUAUGAUAGCCGCUCCGGCGAUCCCACCUCCUAUCGCGACCGCAGAAGUGACUCAGGGUUUGGUGGGGCUUCAGCAUACGGUGGUUCGGUGCGGCCCUUGUCCAGCAGAAGGGACUAUGAUGCUGCCGAACCACCCAGGAAGUUGGAUUUGGAUGGUUUGACUCCUUUCGAAAAGAAUUUUUAUGUUGAAUCCCCUUCGGUGGCGGCAAUGUCAGAGACAGAGGUGGAAGAAUAUAGGCAGCAGGGAGAAAUUACAGUUGAAGGUCGUGAGGUUCUAAAGCCUGUGAAGAGUUUUGCAGAUGUAGGAUUUCCGGCAAUCUCAUUAAUUAGCUUCACCCUCUACCUCACUCUCUCUUUCUCUGAGUGGUACUUAUAUUUUAUGCUGAUCCGUCCUGAUCGUCAAACUUUAUACUGGAGUGCAACAUGGCCAGAGGAGGUUGAACAAUUGGCAAGGCAGUUUCUUUACAAUCCAUACAAAGUUAUAAUUGGAUCUGCGGAUUUAAAAGCUAACCAUGCAAUUCGCCAACAUGUUGACAUUAUUUCGGAGAGUCAGAAAUAUAACAAAUUAGUGAAGCUGCUGGAGGAUAUAAUGGAUGGCAGCAUAAUUUUGAUUUUCAUGGAUACCAAGAAAGGCUGUGUUCAGAUCACCCGGCAACAUCGCAUGGAUGGUUGGCCUGCUCUCUCGAUCCAUGGAGAUAAAAGUCAAGCUGAAAGGGAUUGGGUCCUUUCAGAGUUUAAAGCUGGCAAAAGCCCUAUAAUGACUGCAACAGAUGUUGCCGCUCGUGGCUUAGCUGUGAAAGACGUGAAAUACGUAAUCAAUUAUGACUUCUCGGGAUCUCUUGAGGAUUACGUCCAUCGCAUUGGUCAAACAGGAAGGGCGGGGGCAAAAGGAACGGCAUACACUUUCUUCACAGCUGCAAAUGCCAUAUUCGCCAAAAACCUUAUUGUCAUACUUAAGGAAGCUGGACAAAAGGUCGGCUAUUUGACCAAACGAAUAUUUACCUUUUUGGCAUCGUUUAAUAUAUAUUUCUCGAAGUGGCACCCUUUCGGUUGAGCUGGCGAAAGGUGCGUCCCCGGAAACGCGCUUUACCCGUGUUUUCGCUUAGUUGGAUGCCACGUGUGGAAGGCGCAAAAAGGUAAAUAUUCGUUAAAGGCGUGUCGGUCAAGUAACCCAAAAGGUCAGUCCUGAACUGGCAGUGAUGGGACUCGGUGCACCUCCUCCUCCAUCAGGUCAUAGUGGUUUCCGAGACCGAGGUAAGGGCUUUACGAUGGCAGCCGCCCUUGGAACUGAUCAGGGAAAAGAGACCUCCAUAAAGGGGUCUAAAUUGUGUUUUUGUUAAUUUGUUUUGACUACCCCCUCUGGUUUUUGUGGGUUCAAUUGUCAUUACCUGCAAGACUAGUAGGAAGAACAAUCAUAGAUGUAAAUUAAGCGUCUAUUUUCUGAUUAUCCAUAUUCCCCCGCUAUAUUUGACUUGCCUUUGUUUACACU